AAUGUCGUCAGCCCGCAAUAUCGGCUGCUAUAUAUUUUCCCAACGAAGAUUCAAGGCGGCAGUCUGUCUUUAGUUGUUGUUAUUUAUUAUUUAAGUAAUACGACAAUAAUCAACAAUGAGUGAUCGUGAGGUAGUUAUUGUUGCUGCAGUUAGAACACCAAUAGGCUCAUUUUGUGGGACGUUAUCUUCAUUGAAAGCCUCAGAUUUGGGAAGUAUUGUAAUAAAAGAGAGUAUUAAAAGAGCAAAUUUAGAACCUACAGAUGUUUCCGAAGUAAUUUUCGGCCAGGCAUUGACUGCAACACAAGGUCAAAAUCCAGCACGACAAGCAGCAAUAAAUGCAGGACUUCCUAUUUCUGUUCCUGCUUAUCUGGUGAACAUGCUUUGUGGAUCUGGCCUCAAAUCAGUCACCAAUGCUUAUGUGUCAAUUAAGUCUGGAGAAAAUGACGUAAUUAUCGCUGGUGGACAGGAAAGUAUGAGUCAAGCUCCUCAUGCAAUUCAUUUAAGAAAUGGAACAAAAAUGGGAGAUGGAAAUUUGGUUGACACAAUGCUUGUUGAUGGACUGACCGACGCGUUUAAUCAAAUUCAUAUGGGAAUCACUGCGGAGAAUAUAGCAAAAAAUUUCACAAUUAGCCGAGAAGAUCAAGAUGAGUAUGCGGCGAAAUCACAACAAAAGGCAGAGGCCGCGAUAUCAGCUGGAUAUUUUGAUAAGGAAAUUGUCCCAAUAACGAUUCAAUCUAGAAAAGAUACUAUUGUCAUGUCGAAAGAUGAAUUUCCAAAAGCUGGUACCACUGCUCAAGGACUUGGAAAGCUAAGGCCAGCAUUUCUCAAAUCGAACGGAACUGUAACUGCAGGAAACGCUUCUGGAAUAAAUGACGGAGCUGCAGCUAUCGUUUUAAUGUCUGCAAAAGCCGCAGCUAAAAAGGGAAUAACUCCCAUGGUGCGAAUUGUCGCUGUUGCUCAAGCUGGAGUCGAACCAGAUAUUAUGGGUACCGGACCAAUACCCGCUGUUGAAUUAGUGUUGAGAAAAGCGAAUUGGACGAAAGACGAAGUUGAUCUUUACGAAUUGAAUGAGGCGUUUGCAGUUCAAUCGCUCGCUUGUCUUCGAGCUUUGGGCUUGGAUCCCAAUAAAGUAAAUGUCAAUGGCGGUGCAAUUGCUUUAGGUCAUCCAAUAGGAGCAUCGGGUGCGAGGAUUUUAGUGACUCUCCUACACUUGCUAGAGCGAAAACAAUUAAAAAAAGGAGUUGCAUCCUUGUGCAUAGGAGGAGGAAUGGGAAUUGCUAUUGCCAUAGAAAGAAUAUAAUGCAAAUGAAAGCUAAUCAAACAAUUUUCAAAAAUUAAACAGGAAUUUAGAAGCAAAAAGGUUAAGGAAUGAUCAUUCAUUGAAAAUUUCAAUUUCUUUUUAAAACUACGCAUAAAUCAAAUUCAAUCUCGGAAGCAUUAAAAUUAUUAUAAAAAUUCACUCAUAAAUGUAAAAUGACUAACGAUUACAACCUCAGGGUGACAAAUUCAAAGAGCAAUAUAUUUUUUUCCAAUCAACAGAUCAAAUGAUGCAAUUAACGAGAUUGACAUUUGCGACAAAAACUUUUUUUUUCGAAGCUGUAGUAGUUUAUUAUAAAAUAUAUAGUCAUACAAACUUCGAAGACUUAUAUGCAUGAGAAAUUUUUUUGAGGUAUAAUCUUGCAAAAGAGAGUUUGUUAGAUGGAAACCUUAUUUAUUUUUGUACGAAGAGAGUUAACAUUUUUAUAACAAAAUAAAUAUUUCUAACGUCUUUUUGAUAA